AUGAAUCAUCAAGUCUUCCCAGCACUGGUCCUUUGGGUGUUUUCAGCAUGUUCAGAGACUCAUGCACAGCGGAUCAUUGGGGGUCAGGAGGUUGAGAAAUAUUCAAUCAAACAUCAGGCUUCGGUGCAAACAGAGAUUGGGAACCAUUACUGUGGAGGAACCUUGGUGGAUGCCCAGUGGGUGGUGUCUGCUGCCCACUGCUGGAGGCCGAGCCAGUUGAUGAUGGUGGUGCUGAGUGAGCACAACUUGGAGGAAACAGAAGGAUUUGAGCAGGUCUUCAACGUCUCAAAGAUAUAUGUUCACAACUACAACUAUAAGACCUUCGAUAAUGACAUCAUGCUUAUUAAGCUGAGCGAGCCGGCAGAGCUCAACGCUUACGUCCAGCCUGUCACCCUGCCUGAUAAAAACACCCCCUCAUUAUGGGGGGAUGUCUGCAAAGUGAGUGGCUGGGGGGUGACACAGCUUCACAGUGUCAAGCUCUCCCCUGUUCUACAAGCUGUGAACGUGAGAGAAAAUCCUUUCUGCAGCUGGUACUACUGGGGCAAGACCACCUCAAAUAUGAUUUGUGCUGGGUCUAUAUUUGGCGGCAAAGAUUCCUGCCAGGGUGACUCCGGUGGUCCACUUGUCUGCAAUGGCUACCUUGAGGGCCUCGUUUCCUGGGGUGUCAGCUGUGCAAAUCCAUUCUACCCAGGUGUCUACACCAAAGUGAGGCAGUACGUUGACUGGAUCAAGUGGGUGAUUGAUCAUGACUCAUAA